CAUGUACCAUCCCACAAGCCAAAUGACAGAUUCAAAAGACUGUAUCAAGCCGUUUCCAGCGGCUUUUCCUCAAGAACUUCUCGAUCGAUUCGUAGAUUGUCUGGCUGCGGAAUACCACGAACUUCCACGCUCACACUUCAAACGCACCAACACUCCGCACGAAAUCAAUACGAAGGCGUUGUUAAAUUGUUCUCAAGCAUCCUCUACGCUAUACUGCCGUGCUACCAAAGGACUAUUUUCGAGACUGUUUAUCAAAAUAGCCAGCCAAGAUGCACCUAGACGAUUUGCUGCCCUCGUAAAGAUCUUAACGCCAUCGCUAGCGACAAGCUCCACAGGCGUGCGUCUCGGUGUCGCACAUCAUAUCGCUGAAUUUUCCAUUCUGCUCUACGGAAGAAGUUGUUUCGGUGUCGGUGACCCCAACACAUGUCCAGCCAAGGGAGAUGCAGUGAAAGCGUUGAACGAUGAUAGUUUGGUGUCGAUUCUCAGCAAGCUUCAGACAGCGGAAUACGGAAUAACGAAGUUCUCCUUGACGUGGGGAACAUCGUGCUGCCAAAUUUCGUGGGCGAAUCUUUCACCUCAAAUCCAGCGAUCCUUUCGCGAUCUCAUUUUGUCCCCACACCUUAGCCGCCUCGAGUUGGUGGGAGAAUUUUCCAAUCUCCCAGGUUCCAUUUUUUCUGGUUCGAAGAUACGCCAACUACAAGUCAACUCGCUCAACUUUGAGAGCGAUCACCAGGCUGAACCAGCAGUUAUUCCACCUGUCGGGUUGCCCAACCUUGAAUCCUUUCACACAAAUUAUUCUUUCGACAUCGACCUUUCGCCUACCACCUCUCCGCUCAUGGAGCUCAAGAAGCUGAAGGCAAUAAAUAUCACGCUUGGUCAUUUAACGCGCACAGAAAGCAUCUUGCGCCUAGCAACUAAUUCACUGCAGAACGUGACGGUCCAAUUCUACGUCGACAUCCCACGGUUCUUGGUCGACUUCAGCUCCAUGCCAAAUUUGAAACGCCUGUCGAUCUUGCAAGUGCGCGAUACAUUCUCCUCCACUCUAUCUAUCAACGAUCCUGUCAUCAACACCAUUUGCGAUUCCCUCGAAGGGGAUGCCCCAUGGUCCAGCCUCGUUUCGCUGAAGCUACACAUCCGUCUCAUCGGGCUGUACGGUCACCCAGACCCCUACGUUCUGGCCCUGAAUUCGGGUUCUGAGUCGCACUGGAAAAGAAUCGACGGCAUUGUUUCCACAGCCGAGCGCUUCCCAGCCCUCAAGGACUUCCGCGUCAAGCUCACAGUUGAAACAAUCAUGGGAAACGGCGACAGAGCGACUACGACGAUAUUCCAGGGCGUUCGGUCAAGCUUUAAGGCCAGCUUCCCUCGUAUUUCCGCGUCGACGACGAUUCGUCCAAAGAUCACAUUGGAUGGGCGCUUACAUGCACGAACCGCGAUGGACUGCUACCAGCUGAUAGAGGAUAUAGAGAGCGACAGCGAGAGGGAGGAGAUAAUUCUCGAAAUGUA